UGCAAAUCAGCCACCCCGGUUCCCGCAGCAUAAUUGCGGCAGGGUUCGGUCCGUUCAUCCUUGCCCGUGUAUCCAAUGCGAGGACAAGGAGCGGGGCACGCAUGCCCAGGCAAUUCUGGUACAUGUAUAUAUGUAUGUUCCGUGGAAACCUUGAUCGGAGCGACCUAGGCAUUCUCGUUUUACCAAAGUCUAUUAGCCAAAGUCUUUCCAUGCUUCAAACCCAUGUCUAAAUUUCUAGCUGGAAAAACUGCUAUCGUUACGGGAGGAGCUGGAGGUUUAGGUCUGGCCAUUGUACAAAGGUUCCUUUCCGAGGGUGCCAACGUUGUUGCAACGGACAUCGACCCCAAGCGGUUGGAGGAAUGCCCAGCUACAGUUCCAGCUGAGCAUCGAGAGCGUCUUCUUGCAGUCCAAUGUGACAGCACGGAUGAGUCAGCCGUGGAGAAGACGAUUGAAGAGACCGUGCAGAAGCUUGGGCGGCUCGAUAUUCUAAUCAAUUGUGCGGCCAUCAACGAUCAAAUGGCUCCCGUGGGCGACUGUCCGCGGGCUUUGUGGGACCGAAACCUUCUGGUGAACCUUACUGCGCCAUUCAUCACGUCGCAGCACUCGGUGCGGCAGAUGCUGAAGCAAGAGCCGAAAGGGGGUGUGCUGUUGAACAUCAUCUCAUCCGCAGGCGAGUUCGGAUAUCGUGCUGGUUGCGCCUACACUGCGUCGAAACACGGGCUGGUGGGUUUGACGAAGAACACGGCAGCUUUCUAUGGCCCAGAGGGGAUAAGGUGUCUAGCAAUCAUGCCCGGUCCUAUGAAAACGAAUAUGGGCAGUGAUGCGCAUGACGUCAGCAAGUAUCAUCCAGAAGGGUUACGUCUUGCGAGUUCGUCAAUGGCAGCUGGCCUCCGAUGGAAUCCGAUUGAAGAGGUCGCAAAGACUGUGGCUCUCUUGUGCACUGAUGGCGUAGGGACUAUCAACGGCUCUCUCGUCAACUGCGAUAACGGUUGGACAUGUAUAUAGAUAAGGUACCUGUCUCCUGAUAAAUAAGACAGAUA